CGGGCCCAGAAGGUUCCAGAAGGGCAGAUGCACAGCCUAUUUAACCCACAGAGUUGGUGCCACAGUCGGAGAGAUGGGACCACCCCGCUACUCUCCGCUGUGCAGGGAAGAGAAGGCACUGGGGAUCAUGGGCCACUGGAGUCUGACACCCCCUCUGGUGAAGUGGACGGUGGGGCUGGUGGGGCUCAUCCUGCUUGUCUUCGUCCUUGUCUUCGGGAUCAAGGCCUUCAGCCCCUGCCCUCAGGAGCAGUGUGUGGGCACCUCUCAGCCGGAUGCCUGGAGCCCCACUCUGGUUAAACUGAAGGAAACCUUGGAGAAGGAGGAGCAGAACCUCCAGAAGGAGAAGCAGCACCUGGAGGAGGAGACGCAGAACCUGCAGAAGGAGAAGCAGCAGCUGCAGGAGGAGAGGCAGAACCUGCAGAAGGAGAAGCAGCGGCAGGAGGAGGAGACGCAGAACCUGCAGAAGGAGAAGCAACAGCUGCAGGUGGAGAAGCAGAACCUCCAGAAGGAGAAGCAGCAGCUGCAGGUGGAGAAGCAGAACCUUCAGAAGGAGAAGCAGCAGCUGCAGGAGGAGAAGCAGAACCUGCAGAAGGAGAAGCAACGGCAGGAGGAAAAGCAGAACCUGCAGAAGGAGAAGCAGCAGCUGCAGGUGGAGAAGCAGAACCUGCAGAAGGAGAAGCAGCAGCUGCAGGUGGAGAAGCAGCAGCUGCAGGUGGAGAAGCAGAACCUGCAGAAGGAGAAGCAGCAGCUCCAGGAGCAGCUGCAGAGUCUGGGGAGGCGAGAGGAGGAGCACGAGAGAAGGGACGAGAUCCUGACAUCUCAACUGGGACAGUGUAACGAAGACCUGAACCAACUAAGGCUGAAGGAGAGCUCAGAGGGCGACCAUGGAUUACCCGCCUGGGGGUGGGCCAUCAUAGUCCUGGGGGCCCUGGCCCUGCUGUUCCUGGUCUGCAAGUGAGCGCUGGGCUCUCAAGCCUGAGGCCCUGGGUUCAAGCCCCACCGUCGCUGUGCCUGUGGGACACUCUGUUUCUAUUAUUAUUUUAAAUGGAUUUUAUUUUUUUAUUAAAAUAUUUUAUGUAAAAAAGA